AUCUCCUCCUCUCUGUGAUUGUUUGUCAUGUCUUCUCCAUUCCCUUCGCCCCCUAAAAUUCAAUCUCCUGUUUCCAGUAAUCCUUCGAUAUUAAUCAAGAACAACAGAAGGAACAAUCCCAAAAUAGUUUUUGUAGCAACAUCUUCGUCGUCUACCUUAACCCCGACAGGAAGCUCUGAAUCAUGCAAGAAACAUGUCUCCCUAACCAUUGAUGUUCAAAAAGGUACCGCCUUGGAUUAUGAUGUAGGCAGAAUUGCAAAAUCAUUACCCUUCAAGAAGAAACGCAAAAUUAUCAGUAUCCUCCAAAAGGAUGCUAGAAAUUGGACCUUAUUAGAUCUCAAUCAUCUCCUCACGGGUUUGGUCGAAGCAAACCAACUAGACCUAGCCUUGAAGCUUUACACCAAAGCAUCAUCCUAUGGGGUACAACCUGAUUCUCGGACAUCUUCGAUCAUGAUCAGGUGUUACUGUAAGAAAAACGAUGUGGAUGAAGCUAGAAGGGUUUUGGACGACAUGUUGCAAAAUGGGUACCCACCAAAUGUUGCAACCUGCACUGAUCUGAUAAAUUCGUUCUGCAAAACAGGCAAAUUGAAGGCUGCUUUCGACGUUUUUGAGUUGAUGGGUGUUGGAAUCGAACCCACGGUUCAAACGUACAAUUGCCUGUUGAAGGGUUUGUGUUAUGUGGGGAAAGUGGAGAAAGCAUAUGAAAUGUUGAUGGGUAUCAAGAAGGGUUCGGGGUUGAUGAAACCUGAUAUUUAUUCAUAUACUGCCGUUAUGGAUGGUUUUUGUAAAGUAGGUAGAUCGGAUGAGGCGAUGGAAUUGUUGGAGGAAGCUCUGAAGAUGGGGUUGGAGCCGAGUCCGGUGACCUUUAAUGCUUUGUUUUCUGGGUAUACUAAGGAAGGUAGACCAGAAAUGGGGUUUCAUGUGCUGAAGCUUAUGAAGGAGAGAAACUGCAUUCCUGAUCGUAUCAGCUACAGCACGUUGUUGAAUGGGUUGUUGAAAUGGGGGAAGAUUAAGGCAGCAUUUCGGGUUUAUGAGGAAAUGGUGGGGAUUGGUUUUGAGGUGGAUGAAAGGAUGAUGAACAGUUUGCUUAGAGGUUUAUGCAUGAAAUCUUGGGAGGAAAAGGACCUUAUUCAGGAUGCCUACCAUGUGUUCGAGGAAAUGCGGAGGAGAGUUUGUGUAGAUUCUAGUACUUACGGGUUUGUAAUCCGAACUCUUUGUAUGGGGAAGGAAACAGAAGAGGCUUUGGAGCAUUUGAAGACGAUGAUUGGAACAGGGUGCAUUCCUAGGACCAUAACCUUCAACAAUGUGAUUCAAGCCUUUUGUGUCCAGGGAAAAGUUGUGGAGGCGUUGGUUGUCUUGGCGCUCAUGUCUGAAAAUGGUAAAUUCCCAAGUAGAACAUCUUAUGACAUGUUGGUUCAGGAGUUAAAUAGACAGAAGAGGUGGUCCUGUGCUUGUAAUGUCUAUGGUGCUGCCUUAAAGCAAGGCAUAUUUCCUCAUAAGUUACCUAAGGAAUGCCGAUGAGAUAAAAUCCUUUGAAAGGUAUAAAUCUUUGCUCAAGUUCAUCUGAUGUAACAAAUUAUAAACAUUCCAUAAUAGAGAAUCACCACUACU